AUGCCCCAGGAGCCGAAGAUGAAUCUGCGGAAAGGCUCAAAAGUAUGGGCCGAAGACAAGAAUUUGGCAUGGGUUGCUGGUGAAGUAACGGAUUGCAUAGCCAAACAAGUGCAAAUCCUUACUGUUACUGGAAAAAAGGUUUUGACUUUGCCGGAGAAAUUGUGUCCUAGAGAUGCAGACGAAGAGGAGGAGCAUGGAGGGGUUGAUGAUAUGACUAAAUUGACUUACUUGAAUGAGCCUGGAGUGCUUUAUAAUCUCCAAAGAAGAUAUGCUCUUAAUGAUAUUUAUACGUACACGGGAAGCAUUUUAAUAGCUGUUAAUCCAUUCACUAAGCUUCCUCAUCUGUACAAUGUGCAUAUGAUGGAGCAAUAUAAGGGAGCUCCAUUUGGUGAGCUAAGUCCCCAUGUUUUUGCUGUUGCAGAUGUAUCAUACAGAGCCAUGAUGGAUGACGGUCGAAGCCAAUCUAUACUGGUAAGUGGAGAAAGUGGGGCUGGGAAAACUGAGACAACAAAAUUGAUUAUGCAAUAUCUCACUUUUGUUGGUGGCCGAGCUGCUUGUGAUGACAGAACAGUUGAGCAGCAAGUCCUCGAAUCAAAUCCGCUCUUGGAGGCAUUUGGCAAUGCAAGGACUGUUAGAAAUGACAACUCAAGUCGUUUUGGCAAGUUCGUCGAGAUCCAGUUUGAUGCAACUGGCAGAAUAUCUGGUGCUGCAAUUAGAACUUAUCUUCUGGAACGAUCUCUCUGUGUUGUGAAGUUCAUACUGGCUGAGGCUUUGCAAGUUGAUGCAGAGAAGUACAAAUUGGAUAAUCCACGUCACUUUCACUACCUAAAUCAAAGUAGGACAUAUGAAUUAGAGGGGGUGAGCAAUGCAGAGGAAUACAUAAAGACAAGGAGGGCAAUGGAUAUUGUUGGUAUAAGCGAUGAAGAUCAGGAAGCUAUAUUUCGCAUCCUGGCUGCAAUUUUGCAUCUUGGGAAUAUGGAAUUUUCUCCUGGCAAGGAACAUGAUUCUUCCACUGUAAAGGAUGAAAAAUCUAGCUUUCACAUGCAAAUGGCCGCUGAUCUUUUUAUGUGUGAUGCAAACCUCUUGUUGGCAACAUUGUGUACUCGUACUAUUCAAACCCGUGAAGGAAAUAUCAUAAAAGCUCUUGACUGUAAUGCUGCUGUUGCUAGUCGGGAUGUCCUGGCAAAGACUCAUGUGUUCAAGAUGGAGCAGGAGGAAUAUAGAAAAGAAGAAAUUAAUUGGAGCUACAUUGAGUUUAUUGACAAUCAAGAUGUUUUGGAUUUAAUUGAAAAGCAUGUUCCCAAAAUCAACCCACGAAACUUUUUCAACCAAGCUAUUUCAGAAUUUCAGGGCCCACCCAAGGUCACUUAUCAAACAGACACCUUUUUAGACAAAAAUCGUGAUUAUGUUGUUUUAGAACAUUGCAAUCUCUUGUCUUCUUCGAAAUGCCACUUUGUUGCUGGUCUUUUCCCUUCAUCUCCUGAGGAAUCUUCAAGAUCAUCAUACAAGUUUUCAUCUGUGGCCUCAAGAUUUAAGCAACAACUUCAGGCACUUAUGGAAACCCUUAACUCAACAGAGCCUCAUUAUAUACGUUGUGUGAAGCCAAACUCUAUGAACCGGCCUCAGAAAUUUGAGAAUCUGAGCAUAUUACAUCAACUUCGCUGUGGGUUUACAAAGGAACGGCUUUGGGAGUAUAAGAAGUCUAAUUCAAUUCAUCCAAGUCUGGACAUCAAAGAAUGGCCAAAGAUGGUCAAGGGUGGUGUGCUGGAAGCUGUUCGGAUAAGUCUUGCAGGUUAUCCCACUCGAAGAACCUACACAGAGUUUGUGGAUCGGUUUGGACUAUUAGCUCCUGAAUUUGAUGGAAGUUAUGAUGAAAAAGGUUGGACGGAGAAAAUUCUGCACAAGUUAAAGCUUGAGAAUUUUCAGCUAGGUAGGGCCAAAGUGUUUCUCAGGGCAGGUCAGAUUGGCAUUUUAGACUUGCGACGGGCUGAGGUUCUGGAUGGUGCUGCAAAGCGUAUUCAGCGUAAAUUGCGCACCUUUAUUGCACGCCGAGAUUUUGUUGCAACACGUGCUGCUGCAUUUGCAAUUCAAUCAUAUUGCAGAGGAUGCCUUGCUCGGAAAAUGUAUGCUGCAAAACUAGAGAGAGCAGCUGUCAUUUCCAUACAGAAAUAUGUCCGCAAGUGGCUAUUAAGGCGUGCUUAUUUGAAACUGCUCUCAGCUGCUAUUUUCAUGCAGUCAAAUAUGCGUGGUUUCUUGACUCGCAAAAGAUUUUUGCAACAAAAGAAGCAGAGAGCUGCCUCCCUAAUUCAGGCUCGUUGGAAGAUGUACAAGUUCCGCUCAGCUUUACGACAUCGCCAGGCUUCUAUUAUAGCAAUACAGUGUCGUUGGAGGCAAAAGCUGGCAAAAAGAGAGCUCCGAAGGCUUAAACAAGAGGCUAAUGAAGCGGGUGCCUUGCGAUUAGCUAAGACUAAACUUGAGAAGCAGUUAGAAGAUCUCACGUGGCGGUUGCAUCUAGAAAAAAGACUGCGUGUAUCAAAUGACGAGGCUAAAUCAAUUGAAAUUUCCAAACUUCAAAAUACUGUGUCAUCAAUCAGCCUCGAGUUAGAUGCAGCUAAGUUGGCUACAAUCAAUGAAUGCAACAAAAAUGCAGUAUUGCUAAAACAAUUAGAUUUCACGGUGAAGGAAAAAUCAGCUUUGGAAAAAGAUCUCGUUGCGUUGACUGAAUUGAGAAAAGAAAAUGCUUUACUAAAGAGUUCUUUGGAUGCCUUGGAAAAGAAAAACUCUGCUCUAGAGCUUGAGCUUAUCGAGGCUCAAAAGAAUGGUAACGACACCAUUGUGAAGUUGCGGGAAACUGAAGAGAAAUGUUCUCAGUUUCAACAAACUAUUCAAAGGCGCAAAUUUGAGAAUGUUGACUGCCUUGAGGGGAAGCUUUCUCAUUUGGAGGAUGAGAAUCAUGUCCUUCGACAAAAAACAUUGACUCCAUCUGCAAAGAGCAAUCGCUCUGGUUUGGCGAGAGCAUUUUCUGAAAAAUACUCUGGUGUGCUAGCUCUUGCCCACUCUGAGCGGAAGUCUGCAUUUGAAUCUCCUUCACCAUCAAAACUUAUUGUACCUUCCUCGCAUGGUUUGUCAGAAUCACAUCGAUCGAAGUUUACAGCUGAACGUCACCAGGAGAACUAUGAAUUCCUAUCAAAAUGCAUCAAAGAAGAAUUGGGUUUUGUUGAUGGCAAACCACUAGCAGCUUGUAUCAUAUACAGGUGUCUUCUUCACUGGCAUGCCUUUGAAUCUGAGCGCACGGCUAUUUUUGACUACAUUAUUGAAGGAAUUAAUGAAGUUUUGAAGGUUGGGGAUGAGAACAUUACGUUACCAUAUUGGUUGUCAAAUGCCUCAGCACUUCUUUGCCUUCUCCAGAGGAAUUUAAGGUCAAAUGGCUUUUUGACUGCAGCUGUCCCUUCUUCUACAUCUUCUGGAUUACCAGGGAGGGUCAUUCAUGGUCUUAAAUCUCCUUUCAAAUUUAGGGGAUAUGAGGAUGGUCUAUCGCAUGUGGAAGCAAGAUAUCCAGCAAUACUCUUUAAGCAACAACUAACUGCUUGUGUUGAGAAGAUUUUUGGCUUGAUUAGAGAUAACUUGAAGAAAGAAUUAUCACCACUGCUGGGUUUAUGUAUUCAGGCACCUAAAUCUGCACGGCAUGCUGGGAAAUCAUCAAGAUCACCUGGUGGCAUUCCUCAGCAAGCAGCUAGUAGUCAGUGGGAGCGGAUCAUUAAAUUUUUGGAUUCUCUCAUGGACCGUUUACGUGAGAAUCAUUUGUUUCUUUUUCUCAUGGAUUGUGCAAUUCUUUUAGGUAAUUCAUCAGAAGAGAAAAAGUCUCUUGAAGAAAUCAUGCAAGAUUUGUGUCCUGCAUUGACUGUUCGCCAAAUCUAUCGUAUAAGUACCAUGUACUGGGAUGAUAAAUAUGGCACUCAGAGUGUGGUUGCCCAAAUGAGAGAGAUGUUGAACAAGGACAAUCAAAAUAUGACCUCAAACUCUUUCUUGUUGGAUGAUGACCUCAGUAUUCCAUUCUCUACCGAGGAUAUAGAUAUGGCAAUUCCUGUAAUAGAUCCUUCCAACAUUGAACUCCCAAAGUUGUUGACAGAGUAUCCUUUUGGAAAUUCAAGCAUUCUUGCUGCUUUGGGCAUGGAGCCUAUGGAGGGGUGUUUGGGUUAG